UUGUGCGGGGCGCACGGCACCUCCCCGCCGCCCCGAGAGAACGUUUUUUCCUUGGUGCUUUAUUGGGUUCGUUUUGGUGGCCCUGGUGCUCCUGCUACCCAAAUUCUCCGAUGCCUGUGGUAAACCACCAGUGUUCGAAUCUAUGAAGUUCAAGGGUGUCCCUAAAUCUUCAUAUUCACCUGGGGAGAAAAUAUAUUUUGAGUGUAACCCAGGAUACUAUUAUUCACUAUAUCUUCCCCUCGUUACCUUUUGUGAGAAUAAUAACUCAUGGUUCCCUCUCGAUGAAGCUUGUUUCAAAAAAGAAUGUCCAACUCCAAAAGUCCCAAAUGGUGUAGCAGUAGGCCCAGAAGUGGGCUUUCAAUUUGACCGCGAAGCUCAAUUUUUUUGUGAUGAGGGUUAUUACUUACAAGGAGAAGAAAUUCUAACUUGUAAACGUUCUGGAAGCAAUGUGCAUUGGAACUAUGAUAUCCCAAAAUGUGAAAAGAUUUUGUGUCAAUCACCUGGAAAAAUAAAAAAUGGAAAACACACCAAUAGUUGGAGGGAUAUAUUUGAAUAUAAUGAAUUAGUGACAUAUAGUUGUGAUCCUUCACAUGGACCAGAGGAAUAUUCACUUGUUGGAGAAAGCAAGCUUAUUUGUUCUGGGCCUGGCACAUGGAGUAGUGACCCUCCUGAGUGUAAAGUAGUCAAAUGUGAAUAUCCAGUACUCAAGAAUGGAAAACUGGUAUCAGGAAUUAGAGAAAAAUUUUCCUACCAAGCUGUGGUUUUAUUUGAAUGCCUGUCAGGUUUCUACCUUAAUGGCAGCAACCCAGUGUUCUGUGGUGGAAACAAUACUUGGGAGCCUGAGAUGCCAACAUGUAUAAAAGGUUUUAAGCCUACUCAUGCAACCAAGCCUCCAGUUUCAAGAUAUCCAGGAUAUCCCAAUCCCAGUGAAUUACCAUCAAUUGAAGACUUUGAGGAAUUAGAUGCAGGAACCAUUACUUUAAUUAUUCUUACUAUACUUGUUGGCAUUGCAGUAAUUUGCACCUGCGUGUACAAAUGUCUUCGCAGAGAGAAGAAAGGCUCCCAUGCAUUCUUGGAUUUCCAAAGCCACUCCAGCAUCAACCAAGAGCUGUUCGGAGGCCCAGGCAGCUGUUGUGAGAAAAAAAAAAAGCCUGCUUCUUUGGAAACCAGUGGGGUGAAACAAAAGGCUUCUUGGAGAAAAUGAAUGAUUUUAUUCCACACAGCACUACGUGAAUUCAGUCCUGAAGAAAUAUCCUCCCAGGAAGAGGGACAAACCAAAGGCACCAUCAGAGGCUGAGGGUGAUUUGUUUGAAAAGAAUCUUACAAUUGGGAAAGAAAACCAAAUCUGCUCCAUGAAAUUGAGCUACAAAUAAUAAAAGUGUCAACGUGGGGCGGUGAUCAGAAUACAGACUCCAUUGGAAAAAAAUUCAUCAUAGUUCAGAAAAAUGUAUAUUCAGGCACCUUGACAGUGCGCAUCUUGUCCCUCUCUGUGUCACCCUGGCAGCGGAUCUGCUUCAUUUACUGAUAAUGAGAAGAGAAAAGAAAAACGUUUUUAUUUGUCUCCAAGCUGAGCACAGCGGAGCCAGCACGGCCCUCCAUGAAGACGGCACAGAGACCUUGUUCCCAGCCUCAUGCAUCCUCAGCAGCAUCUAGGACUGAAUGCAACCUUCCCUCUCCCAGUUCAGAGGGAGGGCUGGAGAGUCUCCCCAAAGCUUCCUUCUUCCCUGUGAGGCUUGCCAUAGGAGAGUUGGCAGCCCAGGCAAAGGGGCAAGGUGGUGGGAUAGCUCCACGGAAGUCGAGAGCCCACCCAGGUGAAUGUGGGUUAAAAAAUAUGAAUGUGCCCUCUUUGUUGAGACACAGCACCUCAGGCAACCCUGAUCCUGCAUCACAGGGCACUGGCAGCAUGACCCAGGGGAGCAUGCACAGGGUGGGCGUGUACAGGUAUGCCCACCCCUCCCGUCAGAGACUGGGCUCCUUGGAAGCAGGAGCAGAGUCUUACCUGCUUUGGUACCCGCAUGGCCUAGUGCGGUGCCUGGCUUGUAGCACAUUCUCAAUACACACGGGAUGAGCUAACUGAGUAGCACUGAGGACAGUACCGCAGAAGAAAGGGGGCGGGGAUAUAUUUCCACUGAGAUAGACACAUUGCUAAUGACACCUCUGAGGAAAACAGUUCUCAGCGUUUGAUGUACGUCAGCAUCACCUGGGCAGCUUUUGAAAAUGGUAAUUGUCAAUGAAUGCGCGGUGAACCAGCCGUUUCCUUCCCGCCAGCCGGCCAGCCGCCGGUGUGCUUCUGCAUAGUCCUCACCAUGCAGCCCGCGGAGUGUCCCCGACCGGCCCCGGUGUGUCAUGGGCCAGGCAA